AUGGCUACUCGAUUCCAAGAGGCAUCAUUGACUGUAACUGAUUUAAUCCAGAAGAGUCACUUAAUCUGUGAAGGUCCACCUGCACAAUAUCGUCUCAUCACAAAUAGAAAGAAUCUUGAACGAGAUGGAUCAGUAAGAAAAUGGACAUUUGGACAGAGAGACAGGCAAACCAAAAUAAUAAUGAUGGUAGGAGAAACUGGAACAGGCAAAACUACUCUGAUCAAUGCCAUGGUAAAUUAUAUGCUCGGGGUGAAGUUUACAGAUGAAGUGUGGUUUGAGAUUACAGAAGAAGAAGAAGAUAAUCCCAUCUCAGAUCAGUCAAAAAGUAAAACAACCAAUAUUACUGUGUAUGAGGUCCAUGAAAACCAAUUCUCUCUUACCAUCAUUGACACUCCAGGUUAUGGAGACACCAGGGGAAGAGAAUAUGACAGGCAGAUUGCUGAGAAUCUGAACAAACUGUUUCAUAGUGAAAAUGGAGUGAAAGAAAUUGAUGUGGUAUGUUUGGUUGCAUCUAAGUAUCUGAGUAAUGGAGUUUUGUCCUUGUUUGGUAAAGACCUAGAAAACAACAUUAUCAUUAUGGUUACUCAUUCAGAUGGAAUAACUCCAGAAGAUGCUCUCAGUGCAAUCAAGAAAGCAGGGAUACCCUCCAGGAAAAAUCAACCAGAGUAUUUCUUAUUCAACAAUCGUCAAACUGUGAAAAGGAGCCCAAAAUAUAACACCAGUCUCCAGACAGCCUGGGAACAAACAGAGUGCAGUUUAAAAAAUUUCUUUGCCUCACUAAAAGAACAGAACCGAAAAAGCUUAAAGCAGACUAAGAGGGUUCUGACUGAGUCCAGACAUCUUGAAACCUGUAUUUCUAAUCUUCAAAACCAUAUUGAGGUUGUAGAGUGUAAAGCUAAAGAACUGGCUCAGACUCAGAAAGCCCUUGAGGAAAACAAGAAAAACAUUAAAAGAAAUAAAAACCUCUCUUUUACGGUCACCAAAUAUUGCAAAGAUUACAAAGCUCCUAUUAGAAAAUUUUCAUUUCAGGAGGGAGGGGGGAGAAACAAAUAUGUUACAGGCAGCAAAGAUAUGACAAAAUGUCAAAAAGGACCAUCAAAAUAA